UGUCAAUUCCGGCCAAGAUGACUUUCCCUGCCGACCUUCUCUCUGCGAUCCACGCAUUCCUCGAGUCCAACUCACUCCCUAAGACCGCAAAGGCUCUCGCGAAGGAAGCAUCCGGCGACCUUACCUCCACCGACGCCGACGCACUUAUCCAGGCAUGGACGGAUUACAAGGCCAAGACUGCUGAGUCUGACGCCGAUUCCAGCACUACAUUGAAGAAGGAUGAGUCCAGUUCGAGCGACGACAGCUCUAGCGACAGUGAUGAGGAAAUGACCGACGCGAAGGCCGAGUCUACUGCGGCUACUACGGCGAAGAACUCCGAGAGCGAUUCGGAUUCUGGGGAUGAGAGUGAUUCUGAGAGCAGUGAUUCGGAUUCUGACUCCGACUCCGACUCUGACUCCGACUCCUCCUCCUCCUCCUCCGGCUCUUCUUCUUCUGACUCCAGCUCCGAUGCUUCCGACUCUGACAGCGACAGCGACGUCAGUGACAGCUCGACACCAGCUGUCACCUCCUCUUCCUCGGAACCUGACAAUGACUCAGACAGCAGCAGCAGCAGCAACGCCUCCUCAUCCUCCUCACCUGCAUCCUCCUCAUCUUCAUCCUCCGCCUCCUCUUCGUCUUCUUCCUCCAGCUCCAACAGCUCUUCUUCGUCAGAUUCAUCAUCAGACUCCGACUCCUCCUCAGAAUCCGAGAAGGACGAGAAGACCGAGGACCAGAAACCUGCAAAGCGGGUCAAGCUCGACGUCCCCGUCAAGCUACCUCCCGGCACCAAGCAACCCGGAGAGCGCUUCUCCCGCAUCAAGAUGGACGAGAUCUCUUACGCCGAUGAUUCCUUGAAGGACAACUCGUACGAGGUCGCACAUGCAUUCGAUGAGGCUACGUACGGAGCACGGGCGAGCAAGGAUUUGUUGGUGACGAGAGGAAAGAGGUUUACCGCUGAGAAAAACAAGAAGAAGAGGGGUAGCUUCAAGGGUGGAAAGAUUGAUAUGGUUACUAGAAGUUUCAAGUUUGCGGAGUAGAGGAUGAGGUGUAGAGAAUGGGCAUUUUUUGGUGAUUUACGACAAAAUAUACGUCAGUUGCAUUUCUACCG